GAGCUUUCAAUUAUUUUGUUCUCUUGCAUCUUCAUACUUCUCAAAUACUGUGCGAUCCUCCACCUCCUUUUAACUUUUAGCAGGUUGGAUGGGGAAAGGGUUUGCGUGGUAUAGUCUCCAACAUAUUUGCUUAUGGGAGUGCUAGGUCUUGUCCCAUUUCUUCACAAGACAUGUUCAAGCGUACUGCACGUUAUUCCGAAUCGUUUUCAAAGCUUGAGAGGAAAGCGCGUGGUGCUGUUAGUUGUUCUGAAGUACAUGUGGCGUUGCGCUUAUUUAACAACCUUGUCAGCGAUGGGACACUCUUAACGCAGCGCUUGCACUUUGCCCCGAUGCCUAAUCCUCAUAGGCAUGUCAUAGGCUGGUAUCGUAUAAUUAAGGAGUUGCAGGACUCUGAUGUAACGGCUGUAUGUAUUUUCGACGGCACCCAGCGAAGUUUGGCAAAACAACUAGAGGUAGAAAGAAGACGUCGUAUUCGCCGAUUGACACAAUCCCGAGGAUCCUUUGAGAAUGAUCGACUGCAACGAUUGCGAAAGCUCAAUGUCCUAUUGAGCUCAUGGCAUUCCCUCGACGACAUUACUCGCAAACGUACAAGCAACGUCCUACACAGUAUCAUCUCGCGGACGGCUCCCCCCAUGGCUUUGCCAACGUAUAUGGCAGGUAAUUUGGAAUAUUCCGAGGACCUUGAUGCUCUACUGGAGAGAUAUCAAACCCCCCAACGCCCAGUACCUUCGGCUCCUAAAGACGUGUAUGGCGCUUUUGACGAGGCAGACCUGUCAGAGGUUUUGCUGAAACAAGCGGGUGUCCCAAUAAGCGCUUCACAGGAUUUCUAUGCGGAGCCAUUUCCCCAUAUAUCCGAAGUUGCUACCAACAUACAAAGGCCAACUGCACCGGAAGGUCGUUCGACAGCCAAAGAGCCCCACCCUCAUGACGAUUGGGCGCGUGAAAUAGAACCUGACUUGCUUGCAGAAGUAUAUCGGGAUGAUCUAACAUCAAGGCUAACGUCGCUCUACAUGGAUUAUCGUCAAAGUAUACCUCAACUCGCAUCGUUAGCGAAUGCUACGCCCCCUCCUACUGCUGUAUCUCUUGUGUCAUCUGAAGAGGAUUCGAGGGAAAUCAAGGAAGAAUACGCCAUGUCGAAGACCCAGAACCAACUGACAGCUGAAGAGGGCUAUUUCUGGGAACAGUUCACCAAGCCUACCGCGGCCAUUUCUGACCCAGAGGCUUUGCUCAGCUCUAUCGUUUCACUCACGGAAAAGAGUUCGGUCAUUUCAGACAGUUACGAGCGUAGGACACAUCCUCCUACCGCCGAAACUUAUGAGGAAAGUAAAGCCAUCUUGAAGGCAAUGGGAGUUCCAUGUGUCGAGACCAAUGGACCUUACGAAGCCGAGGCGUUGGCAUCUUCAAUAGUCCUGAAGGGUCUUGCAGAUUUCGUUGGUAGUGAAGAUACGGUAUGCAGCGUAGUCUGCUCUAUUUCUGUUAUCACUCAUAUGUACCCUCAGGACGUCCUAGUCUAUGAGGCACCUCUACUGCGUAACGUAGCUAAUCGGAACGGUCCUUUGGUCAUCAUCCCUGGUGCCGAAGUGCGCCGUGAACUGCACCUCGAUCGCCUCGCAUUCGUCGAUUUCAUGCUAUUGCUCGGAACGGAUUUUUCUCGACGAAUCAAAAACGUGGGACCACACCGUGCUUUGAAAUUCAUUCGAGACCACGGGUCGAUAGAACGUAUCCUGGAGCGCGAAACCCAAUAUCCCCCGCGAAUUCCUGUUCCUACGUACCUGGAACAAAUUUCGCUCGCGCGUUCGGUCUUCCAAACGCUACCCCCGGUGCCAGACCCUUCAUUACUAGUUCCAGGUGAAGAGGAUGAAGACAAAGUGAUGGAAAUUCUUCGACAAUAUGGUUCGCACUGGGCAGCAGUCGACGGCUGGAACUACCGCGAUGCACUCGCCGGUAACUACUUUGCGGAUGAUCCGACUAUGUCCUGACAUGUGUCACCUUGUCCACGCACACACUGGCCUUCCAGAGCACGUGCCUCUUUGAAGGCACUCCAUCGUAACUUUUACAAUUUGUCGAAUGCUGCUGAACUUUGUAACGGCUCGAAUACACUUGUAUACGCUGCAGGAUUCUACAUUCACACGCGGCAGUCUCUUGUAUGCGCAUGGCGCGCCUCAGAUAUUCCCAGGGCAUCUAUACGAGCAAAUGUGGACUCCAUUAUCACCAAAAAGCUGGAUAUAUGCGUGCAAUUGUAGGAGAGGACAACGUGAGAACACAGUUAGGAGACCUUGGAACCAGAAUCCAGGACAACAAGAAGAGCAGAGCCAGACAAGUUCGUGAAACGGUUCCGCGUUCUUUCAUCCUGGUACAAGUGCAGUCAGGGCAGCAAGAGCCAUCUUGAUGCGUUCGACGAAGUCCUUUAGCCUUUGACGCGUCUUCUCUGGAAUUUCGUCAUAAUAAUGUCAGUGUGUGUUUUCCAUGGUGAGGGCCAAUAAUGAAUGGAGAACAUCGGCCUACCAACGAGGUUGAGAGGUAACGAUGGAGCUAAAGACAUGCCUUGUUCUUUCUCCGUUCCCAUUAGCUCGUUAAUUUCUUUCUCGAGGGCAUCAGCAGUCCGGUCGCUUUCUUGCAUAGGCCGCGCAGACGACCAAGCAUGAAACUCGAGCAUUAAGGCGAGCAACAUGAUGCUUAGACCUGCAUGUUAAAUGUUAAACGGUCAUCGCCUAUAUCAUACUAAGCUCUUAGCUCACUUUCUUGGAAUUCAGCAUCCCUUUUGGUCUCGUUGUCGAAAGGUGCGACUAUCUUGCCCCGGUGGUCGAAGGGCGGAAAUGUUUCUGAGAUUAUAUCUAAGGCGGUUUGUUUGUCAUUUGUACUUUGAUUAUUGUUCGAAGCAACUUGUACGUUCGUAGAAGGUGCUUCCAUGUUGAACGUUGAACGUUGAAGGUGAAUGUUUAGGUUAAGUACAGUAUGCUGAGCAACCAGGUGGAGUAGCCGGAGUUC